UCGCGAGCCAUCAGCACGUGACCAAACGGCGAAGUCAACGCGAAAAUUUGAGGGAAAACCGGACACAAAUUUAUCGUUUCGACGAUAUGUUCCCGGUUUCGUCAGCUGAACGCGGCGGCUGAAGCUUAUGGGAGGGUAUAAAAAGGCGGAGGCAAGGUCACCUUACCAGUCAGAAGACUCUGAGCUGUCAGACACGUCGGACGUACGGACCUGCUGGAGAAUGGCACUGUUGAAAAAUAAAUUACUAAAUGCGGUGAUAGAGCCGGUUUCCACCGGAAGGAACAAAGUCACCGUGGUAGGCGUUGGCCAAGUCGGUAUGGCUUGUGCCUUUAGCAUCUUGUCGGACAAUGUUACGAGCGACUUGGUUCUCGUGGACGUAAUGGAGGAUAAGCUGAGGGGAGAGAUGAUGGAUUUGCAACACGGCAGCGCAUUCCUGAAGAACGCAAAAAUCAACGCAAGCACCGAUUACUCUGCCACAGCGAACUCGAGUUUGUGCGUGGUGACGGCUGGUGCUCGUCAAAGAGAAGGCGAAACGAGGCUGGAUCUCGUUCAACGGAACACAGACAUCUUCAAAGGCAUCAUUCCGCAGCUGAUCAAAUAUAGCCCGGAAACGAUUCUCCUGGUCGUCUCGAACCCAGUAGACAUUCUGACUUACGUGGCGUGGAAGCUUUCGGGCUUGCCAAAGAACCGGGUGAUCGGAAGUGGUACCAAUUUGGACUCCGCCCGAUUCCGUUUCCUCUUAUCACAGCGAUUGAAUGUCGCGCCUACAUCCUGCCACGGUUGGAUUAUCGGAGAACACGGCGACACGAGUGUACCGGUGUGGUCCGGAGUGAAUGUCGCUGGCGUCAGAUUGCGCGAUCUGAACGAGAACAUUGGUUCGGACAAGGACACGGAGAAUUGGGGUGAACUGCACAAGCAGGUGGUAGAUAGCGCGUACGAAGUGAUCAAGCUGAAGGGUUACACAUCGUGGGCCAUCGGCCUGAGCAUCGCGAAUCUCGCGUCCGCUAUAUUACGAAACUCCAACCAAGUUCACGCUGUAUCUACUAUGGUUACCGGAUAUCACGGAAUCGAGAAUGACGUGUUCUUGUCUCUGCCGUGCGCCUUGGGCGAAGGAGGUGUCUCGAGUAUCGUGAAACAGAAGUUGACAGAAAGCGAGACGGCCCUUUUGCAAAAGUCCGCCGACAUGAUGCACGAAGUGCAAAAGGACUUGAAAUUUUAAAUAAUUCGUUCCGCUUCGCGCGCCUACGGAUCUCAUUUUCUCUCCUAGACGCGCGAUCUCGAUUAUCUCGUGAUUAAAUUCCGCGUGCGUGUAACUAAAUGGUGUAACAAUGCGCGCAUUUUUGCUUUGGCAAGCAUCUUUGGUUUCUAUUUACGUUUUAUUAUACUAUUAACUUAAGUUUGCAUAAUCGACACUUGAGAGUGCUACUAAAAAUAUUUAAAUUUUAUUUGUACGUUCAAACACGCCAAAAAACAUGUUAUAAGUCACUCAAUAGUUGACGUGAUCUUUUGCGAAAAAGGUGUGUGAUUAUAAAGUAUUACUAUUGUAUGUUGUCGAUGUUUAAUAUUCGCAUUCAGUUGAUUUAAUACGAUAUUAUGACGUAUUAAUUAUGUUUUAUCAUACAUGUGUUAUAUGAUACAAUAAUUAUACUACGUAUGCAUGAAAUUAUAAUUUGACGCAAGACAAGGAUACUUAAUCGAUAAGCCACAGUACAAAUACGUACGGUAUGCAAUUAACACUGACACAACAGUCAGAGAGAACUUAAAAUAGAAAACUAAAUUGACUCAUUAUAGUGUCAGGCAAUUUUCAAAAUAAUCAAUAUCUACCUCACGAAACAUGUAUAAAGACUGAUUUGUAUUUUCGUAUGAAAUUUAGAAUGUUACGAUCCGAGAUACCAAACCAUUGUCUUGUAUAUUUAUAUCAAUGUUCUAGCAAGUCAAUAUUAAUUUCAAACAAACAAAUAAAGACGUUAUUUUUCUUUCUUU